AUGCCGACCGACGAAGAGACCAAGAACUUGGCAGUCGUGACCGAGUACUUCACCGAGUACUGGGGCAAAGCCAACCCCUCCAUCGUCGACAAACACUGCGCCGACAACUUCGCCUUCCCAGACAUCUCCUUCCACGCAUACCAGCACCCCCUCAUCGCGAGCGGGCCGUAUGUCAUCGGCCGCUGGAUCGGCGGCGGCACGCACACCGGCGGUGCGUUCGGCGACCUCCCCGUCGGGGCGCUGGACGAGGCCGGUACGGGGAGGCGGAUGCGCUUUUCUGGCAUCACGAUAUUCACGUUGCGGGACGGGAAGAUUGUGGACGAGACGGGCGAGGAGGGCGCGCUGACUGCGCUGCAGGGGUUGGGGCUCGUGCCGCCGCCGAAUGCUGGGAGGGAGGUCGAGUUUUUGCAUGAGAAGUAG